CCCCUUUAAAACGCAACCCCCCUUCCACCAAAACCGAAUCACAACAAAACCGCCGGAAAAACCAGAGUUCUCCGGCACGAUCGCCAGAAAAACCAGCCAUGCCGGCCUCUCAAACCACGCUUAAUUUCCAAAGCUCAGUUCGGCUAAAGUAUGUUAAACUCGGUUACCAGUACCUUGUCAACCACCUUCUCACCUUUCUCUUAGUCCCUAUAAUGGCGGCGGCUGCCGUCGAGCUUUUACGAAUGGGUCCGGGAGAGAUCCUUCGCCUGUGGGACUCUCUCCACUUAGACCUCCUCCAAAUACUUUGCUCCUCUCUCUUCAUCGUUUUGAUGGCCACUCUCUACUUUACCUCCAAGCCACGCCCCAUUUAUCUGGUUGAUUACGCAUGUUAUAAGCCUCCGGUCACUUGCAGAGUGCCAUUCUCUACCUUCCUCGAGCAUUCUAGACUCUUGCCCGUCUUCGAUUCGAAAAGCAUAGAAUUUCAGAUUCGAAUACUGGAGCGCUCCGGUUUGGGGGAAACCACUUGCUUGCCUCCUGCUCUCCACUACAUACCGCCCGACCCAACCAUGGCCGAUGCUCGAGCUGAGGCUGAGCUUGUUAUCUUCUCUGCCAUGGACACGUUAUUUAAACGCACCGGGAUCAAGCCUAAAGAUGUCGAUAUCUUGAUAGUGAAUUGCAGCCUGUUUUCGCCCACACCUUCGCUAUCGGCCAUGGUUGUGAACAAGUAUAAGAUGAGGAGCAACAUCAAGAGCUUCAACCUCUCUGGAAUGGGAUGCAGUGCCGGGGUCAUCUCCAUCGAUCUCGCUCGCGAUUUAUUGCAGGUGCACGCAAAUGCCUACGCAGUGGUGGUGAGCACCGAGAUCAUCAGCCCCAACUGGUAUGCCGGCAACCAGCGGUCGAUGCUCCUCCCGAACUGUCUCUUCCGGAUGGGGGGUGCCGCCCUCCUGCUAUCGAACCGCCGUCGCGAGAGCCGCCGCGCAAAGUACCUCUUGGCACAUGUCGUGCGCACACACCGCGGCGCUGAUGAUCGCGCCUACCGCUGUGUUUACGAGGAGGAGGACUCUCAACACAACGUGGGUAUAGCUCUCUCCAAAGAUCUCAUGACGAUUGCAGGGGAAGCCCUAAAAUCAAAUAUCACGACUAUGGGACCCCUCGUUCUGCCGGCUUCCGAACAAUUGCUCUUCCUGCUCUCUCUAAUCGGCCGAAAGAUAUUCAACCCGAAGUGGAAGCCCUAUAUUCCCGAUUUCAAACAAGCCUUUGAGCAUUUCUGCAUACACGCUGGUGGGAGAGCGGUGGUCGAUGAACUCGAAAAGAAUCUGCAAUUGUCUGCUCAGCAUGUCGAGGCAUCGAGGAUGACGCUUCAUAGAUUCGGGAACACAUCUUCGAGCAGUCUGUGGUAUGAGAUGAGCUACAUUGAAUCGAAAGGGAGGAUGAAGAAGGGGAAUAGGGUUUGGCAAAUCGCCUUUGGGAGUGGAUUUAAAUGCAACAGUGCGAUUUGGAAGUGCAACAGAAGCAUCAAACCGGAGACCGACAGCCCAUGGGCCGAUUGUAUCGACCAGUACCCCGUGCUCAUCCCGGAGGUUGUCAAGCUCUAGCAACACCGCUACCUCUCUCUCUCUCUCUCUCUCUCUCUAUAUGAAAAUGGUAAAUCUAGUUUGUAUCACUUCACUCUUCUUUUACUUCUCCCUUCUGCACUUCAUCUCUCUCUCUCUUCUACUACUAUUUAUUUUUCAGUCUCUGGCACCAACCUCUGCAACUCUCUUCAAUCUUCUUUUACUUCUCUCUCUCUAAUGUACUUUAUCUCUCUACUUGUUGUUUGACAUGCUUGUGCAUAGAAGACCCAAAGGUUUGAUUAAUCGGCAGUAUCCGCUAGGCAAAUGCCUGACAAUGUAUUUUAUUGCUAUUUAUAACAGAGAAAAUAAGAAAAUCUCACUUCAUAAAAA